AAGGAGGGAGAGGGAAGGAGAGGAAGGGGCGAAGGAGGAGCUGAGGGCCGGGCUGUGCACCCGCGCGCCCCCUAGGUCGGCUUGCGUUGGGUCCGGGUCGGAGCUUGGACGAGAUCGUGCUGUGUCAUGCAGGCCCCGGUUGGCCUGAUUGACUCCCUUGGAACGGCCUUCCCGGCUUAGCGAGGCCUGCGGGCCCCGAGCCCCGGGGUCCUUCGGCGCCCGUCCGCGAACCCGCCGACCAUAUGCCGAAGACCCUGGGUCCAGGGAGAGAACAGGCCGGGCGAGCCGAGGCCCCAAUUGGGCCUGGUGGGCGUGGACUUGGGGCCGGCCACGUGAAGGCCUCCGGAGCCCUGAGACCCAGGCGGAGGCCGGCCGUGGGAAGGCCGGCGGCGCGGGGAAGCCCCGGCAGGCCCUCGUGGAUUCGGGCGGCCUGGCCCGAGUAGCGAGCGGCCGUGGAGACUGCAGGACGGACCUGCUUCUCGCUCUAGCCCUUCCUCCCUCAGGCCUGUUGUAAAUACGGGGAAGCUUCAGUUAGUUCUUCUUACGAUAUGACCUGGGGUAGCGCGAAAGGAAUUUUUCUGCACUAUUUAAGUCCUUCCGGCAGGCCCAUUCUCAUUCAAAAGGUGAUGACUUAUCAACAGCCAUUCUCAAACAGAAGAACCGUCCCAAUCGGUUAAUUGUUGAUGAAGCCAUCAAUGAGGACAACAGUGUGGUGUCCCUGUCCCAGCCCAAGAUGGACGAACUGCAGUUGUUCCGAGGUGACACAGUGUUGCUGAAAGGAAAGAAGAGACGGGAAGCUGUGUGCAUUGUGCUUUCCGAUGACACAUGUUCUGAUGAGAAGAUUCGAAUGAAUAGAGUUGUUCGGAAUAACCUCCGCGUACGCCUAGGGGAUGUUAUCAGCAUCCAGCCGUGCCCUGAUGUGAAGUACGGCAAACGUAUCCAUGUGCUACCCAUCGAUGACACGGUAGAAGGCAUCACUGGCAAUCUCUUUGAGGUAUACCUUAAGCCAUACUUCCUGGAAGCUUAUCGACCCAUCCGAAAAGGAGACAUUUUCCUUGUCCGGGGUGGGAUGCGUGCUGUGGAGUUCAAAGUAGUGGAGACAGAUCCUAGCCCUUAUUGCAUUGUUGCUCCAGACACAGUGAUCCACUGUGAAGGGGAGCCUAUCAAACGGGAGGAUGAGGAAGAAUCCCUGAAUGAAGUAGGCUAUGAUGACAUUGGUGGCUGCAGGAAGCAGCUAGCUCAGAUAAAGGAAAUGGUGGAGCUGCCCCUGAGACAUCCUGCGCUCUUUAAGGCCAUUGGUGUGAAGCCUCCUCGGGGAAUCUUGCUCUAUGGACCUCCCGGGACAGGGAAGACACUGAUUGCCCGAGCUGUGGCAAAUGAGACUGGAGCCUUUUUCUUCCUGAUCAAUGGUCCUGAGAUCAUGAGCAAGUUGGCUGGUGAAUCUGAGAGCAACCUUCGUAAAGCCUUUGAAGAAGCUGAAAAGAAUGCUCCUGCUAUCAUCUUUAUUGAUGAACUUGAUGCCAUUGCUCCCAAAAGAGAGAAGACUCAUGGAGAGGUGGAGCGGCGUAUUGUAUCGCAAUUGUUGACCCUUAUGGAUGGCCUAAAGCAGAGAGCACAUGUAAUAGUUAUGGCAGCAACCAACAGACCCAAUAGCAUUGAUCCAGCUCUACGGCGAUUUGGUCGCUUUGACAGGGAGGUAGAUAUUGGAAUCCCUGAUGCUACAGGACGCUUGGAAAUUCUUCAGAUCCAUACCAAGAACAUGAAACUGGCAGAUGAUGUGGACCUGGAACAGGUAGCGAAUGAAACUCAUGGGCAUGUAGGUGCUGACUUGGCAGCCUUGUGCUCGGAGGCUGCUCUGCAGGCCAUCCGCAAGAAGAUGGAUCUCAUUGACCUAGAGGACGAGACCAUUGAUGCUGAGGUCAUGAACUCCCUGGCGGUGACUAUGGAUGACUUCCGAUGGGCUUUGAGUCAGAGCAACCCAUCAGCAUUGCGGGAAACCGUGGUGGAGGUGCCUCAAGUAACCUGGGAAGACAUUGGGGGCCUGGAGGAUGUCAAACGUGAGCUUCAGGAGCUGGUCCAGUAUCCUGUGGAGCACCCAGACAAAUUCCUCAAGUUUGGCAUGACACCUUCCAAGGGAGUUCUUUUCUAUGGACCUCCUGGCUGUGGGAAAACUUUGUUGGCUAAAGCUAUUGCUAAUGAAUGCCAAGCCAACUUCAUCUCCAUCAAGGGUCCUGAGCUGCUCACUAUGUGGUUUGGGGAGUCUGAGGCCAAUGUCAGGGAAAUCUUUGACAAGGCACGCCAAGCUGCUCCCUGUGUGCUGUUUUUUGAUGAGCUAGAUUCGAUUGCAAAGGCUCGUGGUGGUAAUAUUGGAGAUGGUGGUGGGGCUGCUGACCGAGUCAUCAACCAGAUCUUGACAGAAAUGGACGGCAUGUCCACAAAAAAGAAUGUGUUUAUCAUUGGCGCUACCAACCGGCCUGACAUCAUCGAUCCUGCCAUCCUAAGACCUGGCCGCCUUGAUCAGCUCAUCUAUAUCCCACUUCCAGAUGAGAAAUCUCGGGUUGCCAUCCUUAAGGCCAAUCUACGCAAGUCCCCAGUUGCUAAGGAUGUGGAUUUGGAGUUCCUGGCUAAGAUGACUAAUGGCUUCUCUGGAGCUGACCUGACAGAGAUUUGCCAACGUGCUUGUAAACUGGCUAUUCGUGAAUCCAUCGAGAGUGAGAUUAGGCGAGAACGGGAGAGACAGACAAACCCAUCAGCCAUG